UUCACAAUAUAUAAACAACGUGCUGGUUUGUAUUAUUGGCUAUAAGUGUCUAGUUGAAUCAGUCUGGUCGGGGCAAGUCAUUCAAUUUAAAAAGACAACAUUUCAAUGAAUAGAGCUGUACAAUUACAUUGGCGAAUCAGUUGCGCUAUUUUCAAACAAUAUUUUCGACAACAAAAACAAUUUAAAGCGACCGUCCCACAUCUUCUAUCUCAAUUGCAGAACGCAGUACAAAUUAAUCGUAAAAUUGGUUGGUCGUUAGCGUUAAUUGGCGGUUCAAAGGUGACAAUGGCAGAAGAAACUGAUAUACAACAUUUGCUACAAAAUGCAGAUCAAUUAUUUGAUGAAAAUCAAUAUCAGGAUGCGAUUGAUCUGUUAAGAAAAUAUCCGAACCAAUCGGAUGCAAAUAUUUUGUGGCGAGAAGCACGUGCCCUAUUCAAAUUAGGAGGAACGAAUAAAGCAAAAAAAGAAGAGAGCAUUCGCGAAGGUUUCGAUUUGAUUGUUAAAGCAUUAGAAUUAGAUGAGAAAAAUUUCGCCGUUCAUAAAUGGUAUGCUGUUUUACUGGAUGCUAAAAAUGAAUUAGAUGGUGUUAAAGCGCGUGUUGCUCAAUUGGAAAAUGUCAAAAAACAUAUGGAGAGAGCUGUUGAGUUGAAUCCGGAGGAUCCAACUAGCUGGCAUUUGUUGGGCAAUUUUCAAUACGGUUUGGCCGACAUGCCGUGGUAUCAACGGAAAAUUGUUUCGGCGAUUUUUGCAACACCACCCACUGGAACCUACGAAGAAGCACUCGAAUAUUUUCUCAAAGCUGAAGAGAAAAAAGCCAAUUUCUAUUCAAUGAAUUUACUAUUCAUUGGUAAAUGUUACUACAAUUUGAAAAAUUAUGAAGAAGCUAAGCAAUUUCUUGAAAAAGCUGCCAACGUUCAAGUAUUAAAUGAAGACGACAAAAAAUGUAAGGAAGAAGCAACCGCUCUAUUAAAAAAAUUAUAAUCAUGUGUUGUUGUUUAUUUAACUGAAUGUAUUUUUCUAAAUAAUGACAUGUUAUUAUUUUUGUGUUGGGUUUUUCUAU